AACCCUAAGCGCGCACAUCUGCCGAAGCCUCACCAACUUUUCACGCCGGCCGAGCUUUUGCUUCCUGUCCACUCCAUCCGCUUCUCACCAGCCUUGUCGGUACGACCCUCGAGAUACCUCAUUUCGUGAUUUUAUAAACACUUUGAUCUGAGAAUCUCGAUCAGCCAAACGUCAAAAUGGUCAAGACUUCCGUCCUCAACGAUACGCUUAACGCUAUCAACAAUGCCGAGAAGGCUGGCAAGCGCCAGGUUCUGGUCCGCCCCAGCUCCAAGGUCAUCGUCAAGUUCCUGAGCGUCAUGCAGAAGCACGGCUACAUUGGCGAGUUCGAGGAGGUUGACGACCACCGUUCCGGCAAGAUCGUCAUCCAGCUGAACGGCCGUCUCAACAAGUGCGGUGUCAUCAACCCCCGCUACCCCGUCCAGCUCCGUGACCUCGAGAAGUGGGCUGUCCAGCUCCUUCCCUCGCGUCAGUUCGGUUUCGUCGUCCUGACCACCUCCGCCGGUAUCAUGGACCACGAGGAGGCUCGCCGCAAGCACGUUGCUGGCAAGAUCCUCGGUUUCUUCUACUAGACAACCAACUCCAAAAAAGUUAAUGUCAAUACCCGUGCAUUGGUGCUAGGAUGAGGCUUGGUUCUCGGAAAAUGAGCAAGGAUAUGUUCUCAAGGGAAACCCUGUCUAGGCGAGCGAGUCUAGGAUUUACUACCCCUGGCAGAAACGCCAUAGAUAGUUUUGAGUGAAUCUCGCUCAGUCGAAAUCAAGUCACCUAGUUCUGAUCAC